AAGAGGCGUGGCCAGUUGCCGUGGAAUUGUUUGUGAUGGUGCUGCAAUGUAUCGUUUAACGGAAGCUACAGAUAGUGCGCGUUUAUGGCCGAUGCUUAAAAAAUAAAAAAGGGUUUCAUCCUGAACGCGGUCUUCUGUCGUGUUGAGAACUUUCUGUACCUAUCUGUACACAGCCCCUGGUGGGGCCAGACAGGCUGUCAAGAAGGCCGUCGCUGCAGCACGUUAUUGGUGGUAUGAUCACAUCUGAAUAAAAGUGACUUGCUGAUAAAUACACUGGACACUGGUUUGAAAAUGCCUCCCAUUGAGAGUGAGGCAAAAGCAAGAACUAAGGCACGUUUUGAUGAGGUGUUCCAGAGCUAUGUUACGCUGUCGGAGGCAAAUAAUAAUCUAAAAAAGAAGAAAGCUUCACAAGGGGAACAAAUUGUGCUUGAUGCUAUAAAAAAAGAGAUGGUGAAGGAAACAACUGUUAAUGCAUAUAAUGCAGAAGAUAACAGUCCUGUAUUUACAAAACACAAGGAAAGAGGAAGAAUUCCUGAAGAUGUAAAUAAAAGCACUCCAGAGACUGUGGAACCCAAGCAAAAAAAACAAACUGAUGGGAUAGAGUGGUACACCACCACUAAAAGUUUGGACUGCUCUGACUCAGCAGAUACCGAGAGAUUUUUAAAUGAGGACAGACCUCACUCCAAAGCUCGCACAAAAAAGAGCAAAGCUGUCUCAUGGGAUAAACAUGACCCUUACGAUUAUGAUGAUCCAUUAAUUGAAGCUUAUCAGCAUCAAGUGUCACAGGAAGAGACUGAUGCGAUCAAAGAGAAGAUAAGGAAGAAAAUCACAGCUCAUCUUUCAGAACUUUCCUCCAGCAAUGAAAACCAGACUGUCGUUCUGAACAAUGACACAGACGAAAAGAAGAAAAAGAAGAAAAGAGAAGCCAUGGCUACUUCUGAACCACAAACUAGUACUAGAUCUCACAGUGAACUUCAAGAUCAACCAGCUGAGAUGAGCAGUAUACCAUCUCACUCUUUAGCCCAAGUGCCUCAAGAUUCUGAUGACUUUAUCCCAAAAGCCAAGUCAAAAAAGGCCAAAAAGAAAUCCAAAACAGGUGAUGAGAACAACGGUGUCCCAGUCCCAGAAGGUAAUAAAGAAAAAGAAGCAAGCACCAACCUUGUAUAUGAUGACAGCCUCGUUUUAGGAGUUUACAUUCAUCGGUCUGAUAAACUUAAGACAGAUGUGAUGGUUUCUCUGCCUAUGGUUAAAAUUCACAUUGUUGAUCAAAAAACAGGGGAAUAUGUGAAGAAGGACAACAGAAAGAACAUGGUUUCAUCAUUUAGCGAUCCAGCAAAACAGGAAUAUAUUCUCCCUUUGGUAACUCAGGCAUAUGACUUCAAGAGGUUCAAAACACUUGUUCCUGAAUGGGAUGAACAAAUUAUAUUUAAUGAACGGUUUACAUAUUUCUUGCAAGACAAUGAAAACCGUGAAGAAAGUCCUCAAGUUAUUAUGUUCUUUGAGAUUCUUGAUGCAUCUUAUGUGGAUGGUGUAAGCAUGACCUCAGAAGCUCCAAAUCAGGGAAAAGGGUUUCGGAAAAUUGCUUGGGCUUUUUUAAAGCUUGUUGGCACCAAUGGAGUACUCAAUGUUGACAGCAGAUUACGUCUGCAAUUGUAUUACCCUCCUUCCCGAUCUCGUAUAGCUGCCAAUACACGUGUUUAUGAAUGGUGGUUAAAAUAUCCCAGAAACCGUUAUCCAUCUACUCUCUAUGUAACAGUGAAAGGUCUAAGGAUUCCAGAAAACGUAAAUCCAACGUUAGGUAAUGACAUAGUCCUCCAACAGGAGGCUGUAAGCAAUAUGUCUGACUUCCAAAACGACCUACAAGUUGUGGAGUCUGGAAAGGAUAAACACAAGAAAGGACUUCCUAACUGGACAAGACUAACUGCUCAGGCAUGCCGGAUUCCAAAUAAACAUUUUUUAUCGCUCCCCGCUGGCAACAAGGGAUGCUUCUGUAUCAGUUUCUCAAAUGACGGUAGAACCUUAGCUGCAGCAUGUGCAUGUAGAGAUGGGUAUCCUGUAUACUUAUAUGAAAUCCCUUCAGGACAGUACCUCAGGGAACUUCAUGGUCACCUAAACCUAGUCUAUAGUCUUUGUUGGUCCAAAGAUGAUAACCACUUACUUUCCUCUUCAUCUGAUGGAACAGUCAGAUUGUGGAUGGUUGGAGGCAAAUCUUCUUUAAAGGUUUUGCCUCAUCCUUCAUUCGUCUACGCGGCCAAGUUCCACCCGUUGUCUUCUUAUUUGGUGGUAACUGGAUGCUUUGAUGCUGUGAUCAGAGUGUGGAAUGUACGAGCAAAAGAAGUCAAUGGCCAACUUUUACAAGAAUUUGAUGGCCAUAAAAGUUUCAUCAACACUCUGUGCUUUGAUGAAGACGGUCUGAACAUGUACUCUGGAGACAACUCUGGAACAAUCAUCGUUUGGAACACUGUGAUUAGUGGGAGCACUCAGGAAAAUCUACUAGAACAUUGGGGUAUUUCAAAGGAAAUACAAGAAAACGAUAUGAAAGGUAUCCCGGUGAAUCAUCUUGAAGUUCAUCCAAAUGGAAGGUGUUUACUAAUUCAUACAAAAGACAGCACACUCAGAGUAAUGGAUCUCAGAAUACUGGCUGCAACAAAAUACAUUGGAGCCACUAACUACAGGGAGAAGAUUCACAGUGCCUUUACACCAUGUGGAACAUUUCUAUUUUCAGGAAGUGAAGAUGGCAUAGCAUAUGUGUGGAAUUCUGAAACAGGAGAUCAAGUAGCCAAGUAUAAUGAAUUAUCAUACUCUGCACCACUUCGAGAUGUGGCUUUUCAUCCUCAUGAAAACAUGGUGGCAUUUUGUGCCUUUGGGGAGAGCCAUCCAAUUAUUUUAUAUAUUUAUGAUUGCAAAGUUGCACAAAUGGAAGCAGAAGCUGUACAAACAUCCGCUCAUUUCAUGCCAUCUGGUAGUUCUGAAAUUCCUGAAUAUCAAGAAUCAUACUUAUCAUCAGCAGAUUACUUUGCAAAUGCAGCAAGGUUGUCUAUGCGAAUGUUGAAAGUGAAACAGAAGCUGGAUUCCUUUCAGGCCGAAAGAAAUGUGUUACCUGCACCUUCAUUGCUCUCCCCACACUCCAAACUAAUACUUUCAGGAAUGAAAAGCUCACACCUGAUUACUCAGCCUCCUGGAAGCAGUGCGUAUGGUGGUUUUAGCCCAGUUGGACAAACUUUUCAUCAGACCGCAUCAAUCAGACCCCAAAUGGCUGUGGCUCUGUAUAACUACACAGCACAUAGAUCAGAUGAGCUAACCAUUCGUCGCAGCGACAUCAUUCAUGUGCUUUAUAAAGAUAAUGACAGUUGGUGGUUUGGUAGUCUAACUAAUGGACAGCAAGGUUAUUUUCCAGCAAAUUAUGUGGCUACUGAAGAUGACAGCGGCCCCCAGCAAAUCAAAUGAGCAAACAUUUAUUCUACUGCAUGAGACAAAAACUUACCUGUGAAGUAGUAAGCGGCAUUGACUCCGGACAUUUCCUUGUAUUAUAGCUCUGCAGAAUAUGGUAAUAUGGUGGCACCGAUUUAAAAAAUCUAUAACUAAAAAUAGACACUUUUUUACAUAUAUUUAGUGUCAUCAGUGGGAUGGAUGGCACCCUAUGGUCAGAGAAGCAGUUAAUGCCAAGUUGCCCCAUGCCCUCCCCCACCCAUCUAACUCACAUACAUACCGACACAAAUAUUUACACACACACAAAAUUAUAUUAACACAAACUUACACAUUUUUGCUUACACACAUAAUUACACAUAAACAUUGCGUUCACACAUACA